CCCACAAUGCCUACAAUGCCCACAAUGCCUUCCCAAUCAUGUGACAACCCCCUUGGCUUUCGUACUUGCGCUUCCGUCGUUGCAGUUAGCAAUUAGCCUAUAGCCUAUCUUUCACUCAAAAGGUGCGAUGGGUGCUUCGACUUACGAAAAUUUUCGACUUACGAAAGACCCUGUUUUUAAUCAAGAACAUACGUCUUGUUCAAUCUACUUCAGAAUGACAGAACUGAAUUAAACCUUUUCGUACCACAUUUAUGCUAAUUAUUUUUAAAUGUUAUCUGCAAAUUGACCUAUGAUAUCAAUGCUUGGCUUUCAUGUCAUUCUAAUCAGUGUCUUAUUUUGAAAAGCUGAUCAACAUUUUCAUGCACACAUGUUGUUUUUAUUGUUGCAUCAUCCUAAAAAUUCCACAGUGUGAACAUCCAGCUUGCUAACAGCAGCAACACCAGUAUAACGUUAUCAUCACCAUGCAGCAUACAAACCAUAUAUACUAUUCAGUAACUCCUGCUGCAAGCAAUUUAACUUAUUUAAUUUAACUAACUAAUUUAACAGUGUGCUUCAGACUGCAAAAUGCCGGGUGGGGCAUUCUGCUCUCACAAUCUUUAAUAAAAAUAUAAAUAUUUUGUAGCUAAUAUUCUGCCUAUUGCAGGUCUUUCACGCAAGGUGAAAAUAAUUAAAGACCAGGGAUCCCUGGGCCAGCUUUAUCCUUGUGAACAGCAAUCAGUGAUGAAGUCUUCGAUAUUGCUGAGGGCAUCAGGAAGAAGUCAAAAGUGCCUGGUGUCAUGAUAACACAGUUUAUGGAGGAACUUCCAGAGGGAAUGACAACUCCAGAUUUCACCCGCAAACCGAUUGCUCUAACUAUUCAAGAGGGUAAAUUUGCAUUCUUUAAAGCCAUAAUAGUAGGAACCCCAACCCCUACUGUGACAUGGAGUAGAGCAAAUGGAGAAAUACUUUUCCAUCCUUCUGUGUGCCUACAAAAAUAUGAUGAGGCAACCCACGAACACACCAUUGAGUUCCCUAAAGUUUCUCCAGAAGAUGCUGACACCUACAAGUGUUUUGCAACAAAUGAAUAUGGAAGGGCUGUUUGCACUGUUGUUUUAAAUGUUAUUGAAGUUGGAUUUUCCAAGACCAAAGAACUCCAAAAGGCACAAGUCGAAGAUACAGUUGACUUCAGAAAGACACUAAAAAAACGUAAUCCAGAUGGAACACGUGAGCAGAAGCCAAUGGAGACAGAGGAGAAGGUCUGGGAAAUUCUGCUCAGUGCAGACAAGAAAGACUAUGAGCGUAUCUGUGCUGACUAUGGUAUCACAAACUUCCGUGGCAUGCUAAAGAAACUUAAUGAAAUGAAAAAAGAACGAGAAGAGGAGGUCGCAGAGUUUGUCACACAUAUCAGCAGUUUAAAGCCUAUUGAGGUCACAGAUGAUGAUUAUGCAACAAUUGAGUUGGAUAUGGACCUCAAGGAUCCUAGCAGUAAACUGUACCUGUACAAGGAUGGUGUCAUGGUUCCAUUUUCCAAAGAUGAGGCUGAUGAGCAGAAACAUAGUUUGAAACAAGUUGGCAAAAAAUAUAUAUUCAAAAUCAAAAAACUAGGAGUAGAAGAUGCUGGACUCUACUCAGUGGAUGUUGAGGGUGUCAAUGUGUUCUCCACUGAUUUUAAAGUAACUCCAGUCGAAUUUGCUGUCAAAAUACAAGAAGUCAAGGCAGAAGAACGAGAGGACGCCCUCUUUCAAUGUGUCCUAACUGCACCCAUGAACGAGAUCAAAUGGUAUGGAAAAAGUGCUCUGCUGUCAAAUAGUGAAAAACAUGAAAUUACUAUAUCUGAGGAUAAGCUCAUCCACAAAUUGAUUGUGCGGGACUGCAUGCCUUUGGAUGCCGGUAUCUAUGCUGCUGUGGCAGGAAUAAAAUCUUGCAACGCUUGGCUUAUAGUUGAAGCUGACAAAGAUCCUGCAAAUAAGGGCAAAAAGGUGGCUCGGAAAACCACCAUGGCUGGAGGUAGCAACGAAGAGGAGCUGUUGAAAAUAGCAAAGGAGCAGCAAGAAAAAUAUCAGAAAGAAUUGGAAGAAAAACUGGAACUUGCAAAGAAAGCCCAAGCCGAGAAAGAAGCCGCUGGAGCAGCAGCCCAAGAGGAUGAAGAAGCAGCUAAAAAGGCAGCUGCUGAAGCCAAAGCUAAAGCUAAGGCUGCGGCAAGAGCUAAAAGGGCAGCAGCUGGUAAAGACGGAGCUCCAAGGAAAAGUGCGAAAAAAGGAGCCGGUGCUGGAAGUGGCACGGCCUCUGCUGAUGGAACUGUUGGUGCCGAGGGUGCUGCUGGUGUUGGUGGGGCUGCCGGUGCUGAUGGAACUGUUGGUGCCGGGGGUGCUGCUGGUGUUGGUGGGGCUGCCGGUGCUGGUGGUGCUGAUGGAACUGUUGGUGCCGGGGGUGCUGGUGGUGCUGUUGGUGCCGGGGGUGCAGCUGGUGCUGGCGGGACAGGUGGUCCUGGUGGUGCUGCUGCAGUUGCAGGUGCUGGUGGUACCAGUGGUAUUGGUGCAGGAAGUGCAGGGGGUGCAGGCAAUGGAGUUGAUGGUGGUGCCAGUGCUGGUGGACAAGAAGGUGGACAUGGAGCUGCAGCCAUUGGAAAAGGUGGAGCUCAAAGCGCAGCCGGAGUAGGAGUCGGUGGCGGUGAAGGAGAAGAUGAAUAUGAUUCAUUUGAAGAUUCUGAUGAAGAAUUUGAAGGGGAGUGGGGAGAAGAAGGAUGUGUAGAAGGAGGAGGAGAGGAAGGAGAAGGAGGAGAGGGAGGAGAAGGGGGUGUAGGAGGAGAGGGGGGAGGUAAAGGAGGAAAACGCAGAAAACGUGUGAGAGCUGGUCCUCUGGUUCCAGAUACAGUAAUAGACCCAGGAGUUCACUUUCAUGCUGGGCUUUCUGACUGCAAAGCCAUUAUUGGAGAAGCGGCAGAGCUGGAGUGUAAAGUGAGCAGUGAAGACUGUGUGGGAGUCUGGUACAAAGAUGGGGAAGAGAUUAAGUCAUCUGAGGGGUUAACUAUUUCAAAGGAUGGAACAUUUCACAGACUGAAAAUUCAUAAAGUCACAGAAGAAUUUGCAGGGAAAUAUAAAUUUGAAGCAGACGGGCGUAAGACAGAGGCUGAGAUUGCUGUUGAAGAUCCACCACGAUUUAAUGCUGAAGAUCUGGAAGCAUUCAAAACUCCUGUCACUGUGAAAAAAGGACACAAAGCUACGUUCAACUUGGCUUUUAUUGGACGGGAACCUAUAAAAAUUCAGUGGUACCGUGAGGGUGAAGAGCUUUCGGAGGAGGCAAACAUCAAGAUAGAGCAUUCAGAGGGGUCUAGCCGUCUACUGCUAUUGAAGCUUCAGCGUAAAGAUAGUGGUGAAAUCAAGAUUAAACUCAAAAAUGAGUUUGGCACUAUGGAGGCUCUCAGCCAACUUCUUGUACUGGAUAAACCUACUCCUCCAAUGGGACCUCUAGAGAUUGUUGAAGCCUCCUCCUCUGCAGUUGAAUUCAAGUGGAGACCCCCAAAAGACAGUGGUGGCUGCAAGAUAUUAAACUAUAUCCUUGAACGACAACAAGUUGGCCGUAACACCUGGAAGAAGUUGGGGCCAAUUGGUCCUGAGGCCAAGUACAGGGACACGGAUGUAGACCAUGGCCGAAGGUAUUGCUAUCGCCUCAGAGUGGAGACUGAAAUGGGCAUCAGUGAACUGAUGGAAACAGAGGACAUUCAAGCUGGUACAAAAGCAUACCCUGGACCUCCAUCAGCACCCAAGGUUGUCAGUGCCUUCAAAGACUGUAUCACUCUCUCCUGGUCUCCCCCUGCUGAUACUGGAGGAACCAGUAUUCUGGGAUACAACCUUGAAAAACGCAAGAAGGGCAGCAACUUAUGGGGCCCUGUCAAUCCACCCAAUGAGAUGAUUAGAGGGAAGCAAUUUGCUGUGAAAGAUGUAGUUGAGGGCAUGGAGUAUGAAUUCCGUGUGUCUGCGAUCAAUAACUCUGGAGCCGGUGAAUUCAGCUCCCCUUCAGAAUUCGUGUUUGCCAGAGACCCUAAAAAACCUCCUGGUAAAGUCAGUGACUUCAAAGUGACAGAUUCCACUUACACAACCAUCUCCUUGUCUUGGACAAAACCCAAGGACAUUGAGGGGGUUGAAGAUGAAGCAAAGGGAUAUUUUGUGGAGAUCAGGCUUGCAGAAAACACAGAGUGGGAUCGCUGUAAUUUGAAUGCAAUAACCAUGACGUCUUAUACAGUAAAAGGCAUGAAGUCAAUGGCUAUGUACUGGGUAAGAGUCAUUGCUAUCAAUGAAGGAGGCCAUGGAGAGCCACAGGAACUGGAUAACUACCAUAUCUCUAUGCCUCCUCCUGUGAGGCCCCGAUUCACUGAUGCCAAAAUUAAGAGUUUUAUGGUGGUGAGAGCAGGAAAUUCAGCACGAUUCAACAUUAACUUUGAGGCCUCUCCUUGGCCAGAUGUAAUCUGGCUAAAAGAUGGCGUGCCAGUGUCUAAAAAAGUGACCAUCAGUAAUGCAGAGGGUACAUCCCAGAUUCUCAUUCCUUCUGCUGAGCGCUCAGAUACUGGAGUCUAUACAAUCAUUGUCAAGAACAUUGUUGGGCAAGAAACAAUCAGCAUUGAAAUUAGAGUCACAGAUGAGCCCAAGCCUCCAGGUCCUGUGGAGUUAGAUGAAAAUGUGCAUGGUACUGUGACUAUUUCAUGGACAGCAUCUCCAGAUGAGAAACGUGAUGACAGGCUGCACUACAUGGUGACCAAGCGUGAUUCAAGCAAAAGAACAUGGAACACCAUUGCAGAUCGAAUCUUCAACAACAGAUUCACAGCAUGUAACAUAAUGCCAGGACGAGAAUACCAGUUCAGAGUCUAUGCAAAGAAUGACAUGGGCUCCUCCAAACCCUCUGAAUCCCCCAAGUGGCUGAUUCCUGCCAAAAAAGAAAAGUUCACUGUGAAAAUGCCAGAAUCAAAGACGUGCAAUCUGCUGUGUCCUCCCAAGUUCAUUGUCCCACUGAAAACCCACACAGCUCCUGAAGGGUAUGAAUGCUAUAUGACUUGUGCUAUAAAAGGGGAUCCAACACCUCAUGUCACAUGGCUCCGCGACAGUGUCAGUCUGAAUACAAACACUAACUACCUAAUCUCCAACACCUGUGGAGUAUGCUCUCUGCUCAUAUUGAGGGUUGGCUCGAAAGACACCGGGGAGUACAAGGUUGUUGCAGAAAACUCUUUGGGAAGGGCAGAGUCUGCAACUAAACUCACAGUCAGAGAAUAAUUGGACACACCGAAGAUGGCAGACUUCCUUUAUAAUGCCAGCAUAAAUCAAGCUCAUGAUAAUGCCACAUUGUUUGCAGUUAAGUGAGAACUGUCAUGAAUGAAACCUUUGUUGUUUUUUAAAUUAUGCUAGUGAUGCCUUCCUUAUUUGAUUCACAAAUUCAAAACAAACAUCAUCUAAAGUUAAAGUAACAAUAAAGCCUUAGGCCUGCAAAAAUUGCUUAAAUAAAAGUUACCAACAUGUGUCUAUUUUGAUUUCAAGGGUAUAGCAGUAAUGAAAUAAAAUACUGAAAUAUAACUGUGAAAACUAUAUACAGUUUUUAUCUCUGCACAGCACUGAUUGUUAUUAGAUUAGUUGCUAUUCGUCUGAAGGUGAUGAAACAACUUACUUGUGUCUUAACAGAUUUUUAGAUGCAAGGAUCUUUGGCUUGUAUAGUAGGUGUUUGUAGAAGACCCCAGAAUAAAACUAAUAUGAGAAAAUAUAUGAACUGACAGGAUAUUUACAUUACAAUGACACUGCUGUCAUAAAAUGACAUCAAUAUGAAAUUUGUGUGAGUUUGAUGUAAAUAAACAUUUCAAACAGCA